AUGAGUCGAUAUCCAUGUUUAUCAAAUCAAAAUGGAUCAAUUAAUUCUGAUACAUUACAUGAUAUUGAAGUAGCUGGUUAUCGUUAUGUUAUAUUGACAAUAUGUAUUUUUGGUAUUGUAUGUAAUAUACUUAAUUUAUGUGUUCUACUUCAACGUCGUCUUAAAGAAUCUCCUUAUACAUAUUUAACUGGUUUAGCUGUAGCAGAUAUGCUUACAUUAAUAUCAAUAUCACCAUUUUCAAUUGUUCGUGGUGAUUAUAUACGUCAUGAAAAUAUUUUUUUUACAUUAGUACGUUUUGAAACACAAUUUUAUAUGCCAUUAGCAAAUUAUUUUGGUCAAGUAAGCAUAAUGAUAACAUUAGCAUUAACAAUUGAACGUUAUUUAUUUACAACAUAUCCAUUACGUACACGAAGUUUUUGUAAACCACGUUACGCACGUAUUAUAAUAACAAUAAUAUUAUUUAUAUGUGCAUUACUUAGUUUUCCAAGAUUUUUAAUUGAAAAUAUUAAAAAAUCAAUUGGAUCAAUUGAUAUAUUUAAUUCAUCACAAUGUUCAACACAACCAUUUUUAAUAAAAUAUUCAUUAACAAAUUUAACACAUAUUGGUCAAUGUUUUUGUAUUAUUGGUUAUACACGAGAAUAUUUUUUACCAUAUAGAAAUGCAUAUUAUAUAACAAUGUUUAUAUUAAAUCAAAUAUUACCAGUUAUAAUAUUACUUUUUUUAAAUUUAAAAUUAAUAAAACGUGUUCAAAAUUCAAAUCGUUAUACAUUAGAUGAACUUGUUGCACGACAACAUAUACAUUUAACAACAUCAUCAUCAACAUAUAUAAUAAAUCCAAUAAAACAAAAACGUUUACGUGAUGAACAUCGUUUAACUAAAACACUUGUUGCUAUUGUUGUUGUUUUUCUUAUAUGUAAUACAUUUACAAUAAUAUCAUAUCCAAAUUUUAUACGACAAAUAACAAUUAAUAAAUAUCCAAAUUAUAUUUAUUCUGGUUUUCGUAUACAAAAAUUAAUAACAAAUAUAAUGUUAUUAUUAAAUUAUUCAAUAAAUUUUUUUUUCUAUUGUGCAUUUAAUCAAAAAUUUUUAGAUACACUUAAAACAACAUUUCAUUAUAAAAUAUGUUCAUAUAUACAAGAUAAAUUUCAACAUCAAAAUAAUAGUAUAACAACACAACGUACAUUAUUUAAUAGUACAACAUCAUCAAUAAAUUCAUCAUAUUAUUUACAAUCAAAAAUACAUAAUUCAUGUAAAAAUUAUUCAACAUAUGAUGAAGAAUUUCUACGUUUAAAACAACAACAACCAAAACAAUAUUCUUUACGAAAAUAA